AUGGCUACAGAGGACGUUAUUCAACAACAAACAAAGAGACUUGCCACCUAUACAGCACCUUCUGACGUGUAUGAAGAUCUAGUGGGCAGUGACGAUGAAAUUGAUCCAUUUAAAGAUCGGCAAGGAUCUCGCAGAAUUAUUGAUCGACAGAGUGAAUACCACUCACGUAGAUUAAAUCGAGCGAUUUCACCAGAUAGAAAUGAUCCCUUUGCAGAAGGAGAAGAUGGAAAGGGUGAUUCGCGUUCCUAUGCUGAUGUUAUGCGAGAGGCUGAGUUAGAAAGAGAAGAGGUGCGUGUUAGACGUAAAGUUGAGGAAAUAGUUAAAGAAAAAAAGGAAAAGGCCAAAGAGGCAUCAGUAGAACAGGCAGCUACUCAGAAGAAGCGAAGAUGGGACAUGGAGACACCCGUAGAAAUUAAAUCAAGCUCUGAAUGGUCAAAACCUGAUGAUGAGGCACCUAUAUCAAAGAGCAGAUGGGAUGAAACACCCAGGACGAUGGAUGAAGACGCUAGUUUAGAGACUCCUCGCAAAAGGAGCAGGUGGGAUGUUACUCCACAGGUCUCGACAAAAAAAUCUCGUUGGGACGAAACCCCUGCACAUCCAUCUGUCCAAAUGGGAGCCACUCCUGUUGGUAACCUUGGUCUUCUCACACCGACUCCAGGACAUCUUGUUCUUAUGACUCCUGAAGCACAACGAUGGGAAAGAGAUUUAGAUGCACGCAAUCGACCUCUUACAGAUGAGGAACUUGAUGCAAUGUUUCCUUCAACUGGGUACAAAAUUUUGGACCCGCCACCAGGAUACGUUCCUAUUCGAACACCUGCUCGCAAAUUAAUGGCUACCCCAACGCCUAUGGGUGGUGAUGGAUUUGUGAUGUUGGAGGAAGAUCGAAAUCAAAAUUAUGACCUACCCGCUGAAAUCCCAGGUGUAGGCAAUUUACCAUUUUUUAAACAAGAAGACAUGCAACAUUUUGGUAAACUAUUAGAAGACAAAGAUGAAAGUGAAUUAUCUGUUGAUGAGUUGAAGGAACGUAAAAUUAUGCGUCUUCUUUUGAAGAUAAAGAACGGAACCCCGCCCAUGAGAAAGACGGCACUUCGACAAAUAACUGACAAAGCUCGAGAUUUUGGUGCAGGCCCUCUAUUCAAUCAAAUUCUUCCUCUUUUGAUGUCGCAAAAUUUAGAAGAUCAGGAAAGACACUUGUUGGUCAAAGUCAUAGACCGUAUACUUUAUAAAUUGGAUGCUUUGGUUCGUCCUUAUGUUCACAAGAUCCUUGUGGUUAUUGAACCGCUUUUGAUCGAUGAAGAUUAUUUCGCACGAUGCGAGGGGCGUGAAAUUAUAAGCAAUCUGAGUAAAGCUGCAGGAUUGCCAACUAUGAUUGCUACUAUGAGACCAGACAUUGACCAUGUGGAUGAAUAUGUCCGAAAUACUACUGCCCGUGCUUUUUCUGUUGUUGCGUCUGCUCAUGGUAUCCCUGCACUUCUUCCGUUUUUGAAGGCCGUAUGUAAGAGUAAAAAAUCAUGGCAGGCUAGACAUACUGGUAUUAAGAUUGUUCAACAAAUUGCUAUUCUGAUGGGAUGUGCAGUACUGCCCCAUUUAAAAAAUUUAGUUGAAGCUAUCGCUCAUGGUUUAGAGGAUGAACAACAAAAAGUUCGUACCAUCACCGCUCUAGCCAUUGCUGCUUUAGCUGAAGCCGCUGCACCAUAUGGUAUAGAGUCAUUUGAUUCUGUUCUCAAACCUCUUUGGACUGGUAUUCGUAAACAUCGUGGUAAAGGGCUUGCUGCUUUUUUGAAGGCCAUCGGAUACAUUAUUCCAUUAAUGGAUGCUGAGUAUGCUAAUUACUAUACAAAGGAGGUCAUGAUUAUUUUGAUUCGAGAAUUUCAAUCUCCUGAUGAAGAAAUGAAAAAGAUUGUUCUUAAGGUCGUAAAGCAAUGUGCUGCAACUGACGGUGUUCAACCAAAAUAUAUUAAGGAGGAAAUUCUCCCAGAAUUUUUCAAAAACUUUUGGGUUCGACGUAUGGCUCUCGACCGUCGAAAUUACCGCCAAGUUGUAGAAACGACUGUUGAACUCGCACAGAAGGUUGGUGUUACUGAAAUUGUUGGUCGAAUUGUUGAAGACUUAAAAGAUGAGUCUGAACCAUAUAGAAAAAUGGUCAUGGAAACUGUUGAAAAAGUUGUCAGUCAAUUGGGUGCAGCAGAUAUUGAUACUAGAUUGGAAGAAGUGUUAAUUGAUGGUAUUUUAUAUGCCUUUCAAGAACAAACUGUAGAGGACAUC